AUGACUGUUUAUGUUUGUGACAACACGGGAACAAUGGAAAGAGAGCAGAAGCUUGAUGCUUUGAUACAACUCUCUGAAAAUGAUUUCAGAAAUGCGAAAAAGAUAUUGGAUUCAACAGAACAAAUUUCUCGAAUGAGAGAUGAUUUCGACAGAAGAAUUGAUAAUUUGUCUCAUGAAGUAUCACGAAUGAAGAGGAAAUCAACAGAUAAAAGAAAGUUUUCUAAUCUAGAAGAUAGUAUUGAUGAACUACUGCAGGAAAGAGAAGACAUGCAAGAUAAAAUGAAUGGUACAAAUGAAAUUGCUAAAUUAAUCAACAAACUGCAGAAACUUGAAAGAGAAUUCCAAAUAUUGUCUAAAAACUAA